AUGAUAAAUAGGUUACCAUCCCAACAUCUACACAUGUUAAACAGGUCUCAAAGGUUAUUUUCGCAGUCCGCAAAGAUACGAGGUAGUAGAAAUAUUAUGACGGGGGUGUCCUCCUCAACAAAUUCUACAUUCAAGAUGAAGUUCAUUCCAUCACCUUUAAAGAAGAAUAAUUCAGAGACAACCACCAAGGUAAACCCGGUACCCGUUCAAUCAAACUCAGCAUAUAAAUUCAAAUUCAUAAUACCUACAAAUACAACAAAAGCUCAAGCUACUCCUAAUAAUGAAGGAUCUGCUCCAUUAUUAUCUAAAUGGUCAAGUUAUGCUCUCCCCUCCAAAGAGGUCCUGGCAGAGCAAAAGAAGAUAGUAGCUGAAAAGGAAAGAAUGGAACAAGAAAGGUUAAAGGAAGCUGAAAGAGUUGUUGCGCAGGCAAGAAGUGACACUCAAGAAAUCGAAGCUAAGGAAGCAUCAACGAGCGCUACUACAGCUGAGAUGCAGGCAUCUUCAUCUACAUCAAUUAUAAAUUCAGGUCCCGCAGCCACAACGGUGACACCAAUGAGAAAGAAAAGAAGAAGAACUUUAAGACCAAAGAAGGCUUUCAUUACUUUGAGUCCAAAGGCUUUGGUUCAUUUGAGAGCAUUACUGAAUCAACCUGAGCCUAAGAUGAUUAGAGUGGGUACCAGGAACCGUGGUUGUUCAGGUACUACAUACGAUUUACAAUAUAUUACCGAACCAGGUAAAUUUGAUGAAAUUGUAGAACAAGACGGUGUCAAGAUUGUUAUUGAUUCCAAGGCCCUAUUCAGUGUUGUGGGAAGUGAAAUGGAUUGGAUUGAUGACAAAUUGGCAGCCAAAUUCGUAUUCAAGAAUCCAAAUUCAAAGGGUACCUGUGGCUGUGGUGAAAGUUUCAUGGUUUAA